AUGGGCACUUCGACCUCAGACUUUGAGCUGUACAACUACACUCCAAGUACAAGCGCAGCAGCAUUGUUUGCUGCUGUUUUUGCUUUGUCGCUUCUAGUAUUAAGUGUGGAAGUUAUCGUACUUCAGCGACGCGCAAAAAAAACCAUAUCAGUUACAAUGGAUGACCGAUUAAAUCAUUCAGAAUAUUCAAUGGUUGGAUUAUCCAGAAAAAAACCAUCGUCAAAAUUUGUGUGCUUGAUAGUUGGGUGCGGAUUGGAAACGAUUGGAUAUAUUGCUAGAGCUUAUUCUUCAAAAAAUCAAGAUAAAAUAUUGCCUUAUGUCAUUCAGUCCAUGUUUGUGCUCGUCGCCCCCGCUUUGAUUGCAGCCUCGAUUUACAUGAUAUUCGGAGCAAUGCUAUCUCUCCUUGACUGCUCUUCCCUCUCAAUUAUACCUGCAAGAUUCAAUACCAUGUUUUUUGUAUGCGGCGACAUUUUCAGCUUCCUUUUGCAGUGCGGUGGUGGCGGUCUCAUGGCCAAAUCUAGUAGCCAGAAGACUGGGGAAAUUCUGGCGAUCAUUGGUCUAAUAGUUCAAUUGGUGUUUUUUGGCUUCUUUUUACUUACGGAAAUUAGAUUCUUGAUACUUGCUCGCGGGAGAGCAGAUUUGACGUUGAAAUUUGGCAACAAAUGGAAGAUAAUCAACUGGACACUUAUUGUUUCCAGUAUUUUCAUCCUUAUCAGAUGUAUCGUUAGAACAGCAGAAUUUUGCCAAGGGCGGGAAGGGUAUCUUAUGUCUCACGAAUGGACAAUUUAUGUCUUUGAUGCAUUGUUUAUGACAGCUUCUGUGUGGGUCUUCGCUGUCUCAUUGCCAUUUGCAAGUCUAUUUGAUUUGAACAUGGUAAAAAUGGCAGUGAAUGAGUUUAAAGUGGUUCCCUCCGAAUAUGAAAGUCGUUAUUAA